UCUCUCUCUCUCUGCUUGGGCAGCAUUGUCUCUCCUGCAGCCCCACCAGAGAUUGGCAGGUCCUCGUGAAGAUCCUACCAGUGACACCGUAUGGAAAUCUUCUUUGGCGCUCGUUAUCAAAUACCCAUCGUAAACGUUGAGUGCCAUCACAGCUGCUAUACGAAGUGUAAACCGCAGCUCAUCUGCUCUUUAACUUUCGCUCAGUUCCCGAUGCCUGAUUCUAUUUUUCUCCUACCGAUGCUAAAGUGAGAGUGAAGUGAGUCAAUUAAUAAAUGAAGACAUUAAGCCAUCAAUUUCUGCAGGCUUCAGUGUAAUGCUGGCUAGGCUAGUCUGUAAUAGAAAGAUUAAUGCGAUGCGCUGAUGUAUGGUAAUGUGCUGGAGUACGUUCCCCAGCACUACCUCUAUUCAUCAGGGAGCUUCAGUAGGGGGAGGCAUUUGUUAUUGGCUGCCUCUGGUCCUCAAGGAUAACAUUCCUGCUCUUUCCAUUGGUCAGUCGACUGCUGCAAGAUUCUAAGCGUCUUAUUUUGAUGAUAAAUAUGAAGGCAUGCUAGGCUGUGCAGGAGUGUAGUGCUCAUACAAGGCUACACUCCUCUCCUCCUCUAUAGGACUGACAGGUUCUUCUCUCUCCAUAGCCCUGAAGAAGACAGGGGAAGAGGCAGAAAGUUGUUGUGAUGCUUUUCUUUACUCAGUGCUUUGGGGCAGUGUUAGAUCUUAUCCACCUGAGGUUUCAGCAUUAUCAGGCAAAGAGAGUCUUCUCCUCAGCUGGACAACUGGUCUGUGUGGUUAGCCCAACACAAAACUCAAAGAAUGCUUCAAACAGAUGCGCAGUCCCUGAAGAUUCCGCUCCACAAAUCAGGCAUCAUCAUUGCCAUGAAACGGUCCACGACCCACAGCUGACUUCAUGCUCUUGCCCUUUGUAUGCCUGUAAAUGGGAAGGUCACUUGGAGGUGGUUGUUGCUCAUUUAACACAAACUCAUACCAUAAACAUACUACAUGGAACAGAAAUUGUCUUUCUUGCUACUGAUAUGCACCUUCCUGCACCGGUGGAUUGGAUAAUUGCGCAUUCAUGUCUGGGCCAUCACUUUUUGCUUGUACUCAGAAAACAAGAAAAAUACAAAGGAUACCCACAAUUUUUUGCUACAAUGAUGCUGAUUGGCACGCGGGCACAAGCUGAGAAUUUCAACUACAAACUAGAGUUGAACAGGAACCGCAGAAGACUGACAUGGGAAUCCAGCCCCCGCUCUGUCUUAGACUGUGUUGACUCUAUAAUUACAGAUGGUGAUUGCCUUGUGCUUAAUGCCUCAGUGGCUCAGCUCUUUGCUGAUAAUGGAAGUUUGGCCAUUGGAAUAGCAAUAACUGCAAGUAAACUUUGUGCCACUCAACCUGAAAUGUAAUUUGCCGGACAUCUGUGUUUGGAAAUCCAAACCUAAUUGGCUUUUUACCUUUCCUUGGCUUUCUAACGCUUGUACAUAGGAAACGGUUGUUCUGACAGAAAUGUGUAAAGCAAUAUUUCUUUUUGAUGUGCUUAGAUUUAGUUUCUGUGAAAACUUUUUUUUGACUCAUCAAGAGCUAUUGACAGUAUGAUGUCAUAUAAAGAUACUUGUAUGUUUUCAUGUGUACUGUAUAUUUAUAUGUAUAUACGUUAAUCUCGAGUUAUAGCUAGAAAUAUCAAUAUCCAGUUAAGCUUGUUUCCCUGCCAUGUUGAUCCAGAGGAAACAACCAACCCCCCCCCCCCCCCAAACCUCGUUUUAGGGAAAAUCAUUAUUACUUAAAUUUUUGAAAAAUAUAUAAAUUUUCAUGUUUAGUUAUAUCAGGUGAGGAGACUGAAGAUUAUAUUAUGCAAUAUCAUAAACAGCCCCAUGUGACAGAACUCAAUUUGCCACAAAAUGUGCCUUUUUUUGUGGUGGAUUGUUUACUUGCUGUAAUUGGCUGUUGGUGAUUUAGAUUCAACAGCCGAUUCAGAUAUGUACAAGAGCAGGGACUCAUGUCAAAUGCAGGAAUCCCUGCUCUUGUACACUGAGUGGUAAAGCAUAGGCUGUAGACCUCAAUAUGACACUUUGGUACACACAUUCUGCACAUGGCUUAUACUUGCAGAUCACCCGAGAUGAAUCUGACUCCCAUCAAUCACCAAGCCCCAUACAGUAUGUGGGGGUCCCAGUGGUCAGACAAGUUUUGCUCCUUGGAAUACCCCUUUAAUAUCGGGGGGGGGGGGUUGUAACUUUCUGGGCAGCAGUCAAUAUUAUUAUUUACUGUAUUUUCCAUACUAUCCUGGAAGAUAGAAAGUUCUACCAUUAUUUGUCCUGUAUGCCUUGUUAUCACCUUAAUAUUUGCACCCUUUUAAACCUUUACUCCACAAUUUUGUGCCAAUUUCGCAUAUGAAAAUACCUAAUUCCACAUCAUUUUCUGACCAAAAAAAUAGUGCAUCAACAGCUUUUAUUUCCAGCAGAUUGGCCAGAUUUACUAAAAUUGAAGGUUUUUGUGUGAGAGCAUACUGAAUGCUUUCUACUGGUAAUGUGGUGUUUACAAUGCAACAUUUAUCAACCUCUACUUUGGUUUAGUGUGUCCCAUAUUCUCGCUGAUGACUGCGGGAUAAACAGAACAUUUACUAGAUGGUCUAUUUUAAGCAAAGGUUAUACGCCAAGCAAAUGCAUGAACCUCUUCAUGAAUAUGAUGUGCUUCUGCCAAAUCUCAUGCCCAUGCUCUCUAUGCAUAAUAUGUCGCUCAGCUAAUUGGUUGGUGCAUAUUUAAGGCAUUGAUGUUGGUAAAUCUGUGAAGUACAAUGUGUAACAACAUGUGCCAAAAAUGAGCAAUGAUCCUUUACUUUAUCAGAGUCAUGUCUUCAUAUUACUAAACAAUAAACAGCAGAAUGACCUGAAAAGUACUUAGGAUGAUUAAAUUUGUGCCAAAUGUUUCAAAAUACCAUGAUCAAUUUGUUGCAACCAGAUAGGCAUGUUAGAAAUUUUUUCUGAUGCCACCUCAUGCCAAGGUAAUUUUAGCCAAAAGGGCCCAUUUUGUGAAUAAAUCAGCAUUUUAAAGCUCCUCUUAACCAUAACAUUCUUACUAGACAAUAUACAAAACUCUUUGUGAUCAUAAAAAAAAUUUCUACAACAUAAAGAAAUUGGUGUAUGUCAUCAACUUUACUUUACUACAAAAAACUUACUACAGCACCCCCUAAAUGUUUAUGAAGUUUGCCAUUGACGCUACUGAGAAAUUCAGACCGUAAAGGGGUAUUCCAGGAUCUAAGCUUUUAUCCCAUUGUAUGCGGGGCUGCAUCUCCAGUAUCGGAAACUUCUGAGUCCCCCCUGCCCCCUGACAUCCCGUCACGCCCUCUCCUUUCAUGUGUAUGGGAUGGGGCAUGGCGUGACAUAACGGGGUGGCGUGACGUUAAAUCACCUCUCCAGUCUCGGAAACCCGGAAGUUUCCGACACUGGAGAUGCAGCUGCAGGGUGCGGGUGCUACAGGGAGAUCAGCGGCAGGAACCCCGCGAUCAGACAUUGUAUACCCUAUCCUCUGGAUAGGGGAUAAAAGCUUAGAUCCCAAAAUACCCCUUUAAGCAAAUAUAUGGUAUAAUUGAAGCACUAUAUGAACAGUAUAUAUUGUUAUAGCUCACUGUCUCAUACCAUUAUUGGUAUACCAUUAGCAAUGUCAAGCAAUUAUUUGGAGUAAACAUUUAUUUUUUAAGUCAUACCAUGUGCAUACAUAUCUAUAAUGUUUUUAAUAUUACUUUGUCCGCUGGCUUUGAAUCAUGUAAAUGCUGCUAACUUAUGGCAGCAUAUUUGUAGUUUUAGCAUUACAUUUUGUUUAAGAAUGCAAAGAGGACAACUCAUAUUCAAAAAGAAAGAGAACAAAAAUACAAUAAAUACUUGCAUUUUGUAUUUUGAGUUGACUUCUGUGGUUCUAUCUAGCUAUCACCAUCUGAACCAGUAUUUCCCACGCGC